AUGGAGAAUGACCAGUUCACUGAGAAGCAGCAGCAGGUUCCCACGUCACCUAGGCAGGACAUCCAAGGGCAAAGCAAGGAGGAACCUGUCCCCAGCUCGCAGCCCCUGUCCCCCACAGACCAAACCAGCACCCAUCCUGAGGUGGCCACGUGUGACAUCUCGGAGGAGCUGAGCCGGCAACUGGAGGACAUUAUUAAAACCUAUGGGUCUGCAGCCAGUUUGAUGGAGAAGGAAGGCACUACAGCAGGAACUGAAAGGCCGGAGAAGGGAGAUGCAGGCAGUAUGGAGGAUGCAGAGUAUGAGGAUACAAAUGAAGAAAGUGAGAAAGACAAACCAGCUCCUGGAGAUGCUUCAAGAGCAAAGGAGCCCAGCACCAGCAAGGAACAAAAGCUGGAGAAGAAAAUACUGAAAGGACUAGGAAAGGAAGCCACCCUACUGAUGCAAAGCUUGAACAAGCUGAAUACUCCAGAAGAGAAACUGGACCUGUUAUUUAAGAAGUAUGCUGAGCUGCUUGAGGAGCAUCGUGCUGAGCAGAAGCAGCUCAAGUACCUGCAGAAGAGGCAGGCCCAGAUCACCAAGGAGAAGGAUCAGCUGCAGAGUGAGCACAGCCGAGCCAUCCUUGCUCGCAGCAAGCUUGAGAGCCUGUGCCGGGAGCUCCAGAGGCACAACAAAACCCUCAAGGAGGAAACAAUUCAGCGGGCACGGGAGGAAGAUGAGAAGAGGAAAGAAAUAACAAACCAUUUCCAGGGCACGCUGAGUGAAAUCCAGGCUCAGAUUGAGCAGCAAAGUGAGAGGAACAUGAAGCUCUGCCAGGAGAACACAGAGCUGGCAGAGAAGCUGAAAAGCAUUAUUGACCAGUAUGAGCUGCGGGAAGAGCACCUUGACAAAAUAUUUAAGCACAGAGAACUUCAACAGAAAUUGGUGGAUGCCAAGUUGGAGCAGUCUCAGGAAAUGAUGAAGGAAGCAGAGGAGCGACAUCAGAAGGAAAAGGAAUAUCUCCUCAAUCAAGCUGCAGAAUGGAAGCUACAGGCCAAAAUGUUAAAGGAACAGGAGACAGUCCUGCAGGCACAGAUCACUCUCUACUCUGAGAGAUUUGAAGAAUUUCAGAAAACAUUGACAAAAAGCAAUGAAGUGUUUGCUACCUUCAAACAGGAGAUGGAGAAAAUGACAAAGAAAAUGAAGAAGUUGGAAAAGGAUACUGCUACAUGGAAAUCCAGGUUUGAGAACUGUAACAGAGCAUUACUGGAUAUGAUUGAAGAGAAAGCCAUGAGGACCAAGGAAUAUGAGUGCUUUGUGUUGAAAAUCCAGAGGCUAGAGAACCUUUGCCGAGCUCUGCAGGAAGAGAGGAAUGAACUGUACAGAAAAAUAAAACAAGCACAGCUCCCUGAAGAGGUGAAUGGAAAUGAUAUCUUAGAAGAAGACGACGAUGACAAUACAAACCCUUCCUCCAGUGAGCAGGCAAGCAUUGAGCUGUGUGCUGCUGACAAGAACAUGCUGCAGGAGCUAGCUGAAGCUUUCAGGGUGUCCCACUCAGCAGAGGAGAACUUUCCAAGCAACAGCAGCAAUCCAGAGACAUGCGAUGUUCAAAUGUGUAAAGCCAUCUCUGUACCAGAACUCCCCUGUCAUCUCACCUCACAGUCAGAGGCCGGGAACCACUGUGAGCAGUUCAGCAUGAGCACAUCAGGACCCCCUGAACACAUGCCAGCAUCCUCUGAAAAUACAACAACACCCAUCGAGAACAUGCCAAAGCCCACCAAAAGCAUGCCCAUGCCCACAGAAAUGGUGCCAACACCUACAGAAAGCGUGCCAAUACCUACAGAAGGUGUGCCAACAUCUCCCAAAAUCAUGCCAGCAACCCCUGAAGGUGUGCCAACACCUAUGCAAAACACAUCUGCUCCCGUUGGAAAUAUACCAGCAUCCACCAACAGCACACCAAAAGCUGUAGAACACGUGGAUGAUAUAGCAGAGCUGUUUGUCCAGGAUCAGCCUGCAGAGCAAAAAGGGGAUACAGAUAUGGAAGCAGUAGACUGAAGACAAAGAAGAGUUCAGGCUCAUAU